CCGAAUUGAUCCGGUCCUUGUUCGAUCUUUUCGCGAAUAUAAGGACCAAAGAUUGGAUUGGAUACAAUCUGGUCUUGAUCCGGUCCGGUCACAAUUUGGUUUUGAAGAGUUUUUUUACCUCCUAUCCGAUCUUUAUCCGGUUUUCGGUCUGGUCCAGAAGAGUUUUUUUACCUCAAAUCUAAGCCUGAAGAUGGGAUUGGAUUGUUUGCUAUCCGAUCCCGAUCCGGUCUCGGUUUGGGUUAUAAGGUCCGGUUUUGGAUAAAACAAAAAAGUCACCCUUAAUUGUAACUAUCUCAACCAAACAAUUACCAAAACCAAACAACCCCUAAAUUUCAAGUUUUUUGUGAGAUUGUUUAGAUUGUUGAGUCUUUUUUCCAAUUAUGCCACUACCUUUUUAUGUGUGGUGCUUUCUUAUAUAAAAAAGAAAGGGUAAAAGUGACAUUUCACCCGAAAAGUAAUAUAACUUAUAUAAUUACUAUAAUAAAUAUCACAUAAACCAAACAAUGUAAAUUACAAUACACCAAUUUUCUUAUAUACACGUGUAUUAUUAUGCAUGUAUUGAUGACAAUAUAAUGCAUCCAUUUAACUAUCACCAAAUAGGGGUGGGCAACGGGAAACGGGUAUUUGGGGUAUACCCAUACCCGCCCUUUUUUUAGGGUUACAGGUACCCAAAUACCCGUAAAUUUUUGUGGUCCUCAAGUUUUGCCACCAAUUGGACGGGUAUAUACAGGUAGUUUGGGUACCCGCUAUCCGUCCUGUACGGGUAACAGGUACCCGUAAACUCAUACGGAUUUGGGAUAUGGGAUGGAGUUCUCUCUCCAAAUGGGAUUGGGUACCUGUUUCAAACGGGACGUGUAUCCCGUCCCGUCCCGUUGCCCACUCCUAUCACCAAAACCAAAUGACCCCUAGUCACUAACAGUAAAUGAGUUGAGAGUUAACGAUUCGAUUGUUUUAGCAUGAUUUAUUUUAGAUAUAUGAAAUAAGACAUUUUAUUGCUAAUACAUUUAUAAAUUGUAUAAAAUUUCAUCUCGCAUAUGAGUAAUAACUAUAACAUUACAACAAACUAACAGUUCGUACUUGAACCCAACAUAUAGUGAAAUCUCAUACACUAUACACACUCGUAUAAUAUCAAUGUUCAAUUUAGAAUUUCAAAGAUGGAAUUGGUGCAUUUUGCAAACUAAAGAGAAAAAUGACGUUGUGUAACCUCCAACCCAAAAACUUUACUACGGGUCGCGACCCGCGGGUGUGUGGCGCCCAUUAUCCUUACCGGAUUCAGGUCAACCCACAAGUCGACUGGUGGUUCACAACCUUGAAUAAUGGCAUGGCAUUGGAUUGUUGUUUUCAUUCUAUGGUUUUUAUUUUAUUGCAAUGACUAUGGAUAAAAAUUGGAAACCCUCUUGUUCAACUGAGGCUAUUGGUAAUCUAGCAGGCUGGUUGUCGAAAGAACAAAUUUGAUAUUCUAAAUGGUCACUGAGCUAUGCUAAAGUAAUAAAGUUGUCAUUCAACUUCAAAUGGUAACACCAAUCAAGAGUUUUUUCUCUGUCUCUAGAGAGCGCUCUGUCUUCUCGCUGCUCCUGCAGUGUGUGACGCUUUGACUUCCCCCAGGGAGAUCGUGAUCCUGAGGAACUUCGUUCUUUGCUUCUGAUCCCUUCUUCUUUUCUUUUCUUCUCACUAUUCUCUCUGUGUUCUGGCGGGUAGUUUUCUCUUGUCCUGUCUGAUAGUGGCGUGGAUUUUUUGCGACCUUUCGCAUUCCUGCAUUCGACAUGGAGGACGAGAUUUCCUCCAAACUCUCCGGAAUAGACUUGACAGAGGAGGAAGAAGCUCUUAUUAGUGUGGAUGAAUCGGUCAUCACUGAAGGUGUUGAAGAAGCUAUUAAGGAACUAGGAGUGGCACAGAAACUCAUUGCUGGGAAACCACCGUCGGGUAAAAUACUGAAAAAGAUACUCAGUGAAGCAUGGAAACUACAGAAGGAUUUUGACGUGCAGGUUACGAGAGAUAACAUAAUGAGGGUUCAACUAUACUGUUACGAAGACAAAAACAGAGUGCUAAGGCCCAUGGCACUUAGAACGGCAACUAAUGAUUUUCAAGGAGGUCUCUCCUAAUUUAGAGCUGAGUAAAGUUGAUUUUCCAUGGCUGAUUUCUUGGUCAGAGUACGAAAGCUUCCCCUGAAAAUAAGAAACGCACAUAUGGCAGAGAAGAUCGGGGCUAUGUUUGGAGGUUUUAUCCGUUGGGAUGAACUACACUCGGGAGUAAGUAGUGACUACAUGAGAGUCAGAGUUUCAAUAGCAGUAUCAAAACCAUUAAGAAGGAUGAUUAAGCUCCAAUGAAAAGAGGGACCUGUUUCUUACAGGAUUGGUUAUGAGAGGCUUUCCAUUUUUUGUUUUAAGUGUGGAAUUUUUGGUCACUUGAAGAAGUCAUGUCCAAAACAACUGGAGGAAGGAAACUCAAAUGAAGAACCUUAUGGGACGUGGCUUAGAGCUGAUUCUCCUUCGAGGAAAUUAUCUUUAAAGGAAAAAGAGAAAUCUCAACAACUGGUUAAGCUAUGGGAAGAGGUUCAAGCAGCAAUAUGUAGUAAGCAGAUAGAACAAAGUAUUUCAACAUAAGUGGAAAAUCAAGCAGAUGAACUAUCCAAAGGGCUAUUGAUUAUCAAUAUGAGUGACCCUAAUUCUAAUAAAGUUACGGGAGAAAAGGAAGAAGCAAGCAGAUCUAACGAGGGACAACAGGGUCACGAGAGUAGGAGUUUGGAACCUGAGAACUCCACAGAGCUUACUAAUGAAGUUGUCAGUGAGAAGAUAAAAGAUUUGAGUAAGGAGCAGGCUGGGAUAGGUUACCUGGAAAGGAAAGAUGGGAAGAAAUGGCAAAGAUUAAAUAGGAAAAUCUCUCAAAGCUUAGAAGCUGGUGAAGGAAAGAUUGAUAUGGGAAAAAGAAGAACCCCAGAUGAUAUGGAUAUUGAUGAUUCUUCUCUUAGUGAAAAACGAUCUAGACCUUUCCCCUUUUCUGAAUUGGAUGGCGAUGUGGCGGUCCUUGCCAAAGAGCAAGACCGCCGAGCCCAAUAAAGAUUAUCAGUUACAACUGCCGAGGUUUGGGAAGCUCCUCGGCAGUUGCUAAACUUAAAAAGCUUAUCAGGAAGCAAAAACCAGAUGUUCUUUUUCUUAUGGAAACAAGGAAGGAUGAGAGAGGUUGGCAAGAAGUUCAACGUAAAUUGGGCUACUCUGGAGGGUGUGGAGUGGCUGCUAGUAAUGUUAACGGAUGGAAAGCUGGAGGUCUUUGUAUGUUUUGGAAUGAGGAGGUGUCGGCAGUGAAAAUUUCUGCUUCCCUACACCAUAUUGAUGUUCUUUUAAGCUGUGAAGAGGGAGGUUAUCCUUUUACGUGGGAAAACAAUAUGGCCAAUGAAGGUUUCAUUGAGGAGAGAUUGGACAGGUGUGUGGCUAGCUGGGAGUGGAAGUCUACUUUUCCUAAUCACGAAGUUAUCCAUCUAGACAGGUGUGGUUCUGACCACUGUCCAAUUCUACUGUAUACUGCUGGGAAAGAAGAGGAAGAAAUCAAAUGGGGCUAGUAUUUCAGGAUUGAAUCCUUCUGGUUAAAAGAUCCAGAGAGUGUUAAGAUCGUCAACAAGGCCUAUAGGGACAAUCCUAAUGGGAACUAAAUGGAUAUUUUGACAAGGUGCAGAGCCGAACUCCUUAGGUGAGUAAAAGGAAAUUUGGAGA